AUGUGUGUUCCGGCCAGAAUCAUCGUGUGCCUGCUGAGGAAUGAUCUCCGUUUCCAUGACAACGAGGUACUGUUGUGGGCACACAGAAAUGCUGAUUAUAUCGUCCCUUUGUAUUGCUUUGACCCGAGACACUACCUGGGGACACAUCACUACAAUUUUCCAAAGACUGGGCCUCAUCGGUUGAAAUUCCUUUUAGAGAGUGUGCAAGACUUACAGAACACUUUGAAGAAAAGAGGAAGCAAUCUGCUAUUGAAAAGAGGUCACCCGGAAGAUAUAAUUGAAGAUCUAAUCAAGCAGUUGGGUCCAGUUUCUGCUGUUGCUUUCCAAGAAGAAGCAACAAAGGAAGAGCUUGAUGUUGAAAAGUCCAUAAAACAAGUCUGUACUCGUCAUGGGGUAAAAGUCCAUUUAAUCUGGGGGUCCACGUUGUACCACCGCGAUGAUCUCCCAUUCAGGCACAUCUCCAGUUUACCUGACAUCUACACCCAGUUCAGAAAAGCAGUAGAAACACAAUGCAAAGUGCGGCCUACCAAUCAGAUGCCAGAGCAAUUGAAACCUUUACCAGCAGGCCUUGAGGAGGGUUCUGUCCCAACACUAGAAGAUUUUGGGCAGCAAGAUCCUUUAAGCGAUCCAAGAACAGCAUUUCCUUGCAGUGGAGGUGAAUCCCAGGCCUUACAGAGAUUGGAUUAUUAUUUCUGGGAUACAAAUCUUGUAGCUUCCUAUAAAGAUACACGAAAUGGACUAAUAGGAAUGGAUUAUUCAACCAAAUUUGCUCCAUGGCUUGCUUGUGGCUGCAUUUCCCCCAGAUAUAUCUUUGAGCAGAUCCGCAGAUAUGAGAAAGAACGAACUGCAAAUCAAAGUACAUAUUGGGUGAUUUUUGAACUUCUGUGGCGGGAUUACUUCCGUUUUGUGGCUUUAAAAUAUGGCAGCAGAAUUUUCUUUCUGAGAGGUCUUCAGGAUAAAGAUGUCCCCUGGAAGAAAGAUCAACAACUGUUUGAUGCCUGGAAAGAGGGUCGUACUGGAGUACCUUUCGUCGAUGCUAAUAUGCGUGAGCUGGCAAUGACUGGAUUUAUGUCAAAUAGAGGGCGCCAGAAUGUGGCCAGCUUUCUCACUAAAGAUCUUGGAAUAGAUUGGAGGAUGGGCGCUGAGUGGUUUGAAUAUUUGCUGGUGGAUUAUGAUGUUUGCAGUAACUAUGGGAACUGGUUGUAUAGCGCCGGAAUUGGGAAUGACCCGAGAGAGAAUAGGAAGUUCAAUAUGAUAAAGCAAGGGCUGGAUUAUGAUGGGAAUGGCGAUUAUAUCCGACUGUGGGUUUCAGAAUUGCAACAGAUAAAAGGCGGUGAUGUUCAUGCUCCCUGGGCACUGAGUAAUUCUGCCCUAUCCCAUGCCAAUGUAACUCUAGGAAAGACCUACCCUCUUCCAAUAGUCAUGGCACCAGAAUGGAGCCGACAUGUCAAUCAGAAGCCGCAGGAUAGUGGUGCGGCACCAGCAAAGAGAGGAAAAGGUCCAUCGUAUACACCUAAACACCACAGGAACAGAGGAAUAGAUUUCUACUUUUCCAGGAAUAAAGAUGUAUGA